CUGUCGUUCCCUCUUUCUCAGUGCUCACUCACUCUCAGGGUAGCAGCAGAUGGACGCUCAGCUGCACUGAGUGUUGUACUUGUGUGUGUGCGUGCGUGUGUAUGUGUGUUUUAAGUUGAAGCUACACUUGAAUUAUUGUCUUUGACUCUUUGAGCUGCUGUUGUGAUCUGUGCUGAAUCAGGAUGAGUUCUAACCCCUUCCACGAUAAGCUGCAGUCCAGGAUGGAGAUGGCGAAGGAGCUCAGUGACGAGGAGAAGCUGUACAGAUACAACGGGGUGUUGUACCCGCGCAUCAUGUGCCCCGAGGAGCAUUUGAAGGCUCUGGAGAACAUCGAGGCCAGAGAGGAUGACAUCAUGCUGGUGGCGUAUCCCAAGUGUGGUUUUAACUGGAUGGUGGGGGUGCUGAGGAAGAUCAUCGCAGAGGCCACGGGGGUGAAAACCGAAUCCAGGAUGCCGCCUCUGAUCGAGUUCUUUGGACCGGAGGUCAUAAAGGUCAUGGAUAAAACUCCCUCUCCGAGGUUUCUGGGGACUCACCUGCAUCCUGACAACAUCCCCGCUUCCUUCUAUGCAAAGAAAGUUAAGAUGCUGGUGAUCUUCAGGAAUCCUAAAGACACUCUGGUUUCCUUCUAUCAUUUCUCCAACAACAACCCGGUCCUCCCAUCCGGACAGUCCUGGGACUCCUUCUACUCUAACUUCAUGAGUGGAGACGUGUCUUGGGGGUCAUACUUUGACCACGCCUUGGCCUGGGAGAAGAGGAUGGAUGACCCUAAUGUCAUGAUCGUCACCUACGAAGAGCUAAAACAGGACCUGAGCGAGGGCAUCCGUCACAUCGCCAGCUUUUUUGGUUUCAGCCUGACGGAGGCUCAGGUCAAGCAGAUCGCAGAAGAGAGCACCUUCACCGCCAUGAAGGAGAGCUCGGCCAACUCCCACGGCACCAUGGGAAACGUGAUCUUCAGAAAAGGUGAGGUCGGGGACUGGAGGAACCAUUUUACACCUGAGCAGAGUCAAGAGAUGGACGAGGCCUUCAACAAACACCUGGCAGGAACCAGACUGGGAGCCAAACUCAACUACCAACUACACUGCCAGUAGGAAGCAAGGAAGCAAGUGAGGAGGAAGGAAGGAAAUGAAGGGAGAGUAUGUAGGGGAGGAGUCUGGGGGACUUUUCUGCCCUGAGCUGAGUCGGACAGACCUCCCCUCAGUCAGGCGCUGCACAGAUCCUUCUUCGCCUUGUUUGGACUGUAACCCCAACCAUGGCAUCAACCACUGAACCAUGUUAACCUAAACUGGUAGAGGAGGUUGUUGGAGGCAGGGCAGAAACUGACAGGAAACACUGCCUGGGAGGCUCAGUUCAGGGCCAAAAGUCCCACUGUGAAAGGUUCGAGGAAAGACAGAAGAAAAAGACAAAAGAGAAGGAGCAAGAAGGGAAAAGGUGCUUUAUGGUUUAUGGAACUCCAAUCUGUGAACAUGUGCAGUUCUACAAGUUCUGCAGUGGAAGAUAUUAAAGGAGUAGUUUGACAUUUUGGGAGGUCAGUGCUGCGCUCGAGUUAAUUACUGUCCCCAGCAAAGAAACAGUCAGACACAUGACCAACUGUAAAUGGAGAUGGAUUCUGUAGAUGGAUUCUGUCACCACCGGACAGAGCCAGGUUACCUGUUUCACCUGUUUCCAGUCUUCUGGUUGGUCGUAGAGUGGAAUCGAUCUUCUCACCUCAAUCUCUGCCAGAGCGAGAGUAAACGUGUUUCUCAAAAGGUCAAACUAUUCCUUUUACCACCUCACAAGCAGCCAUCUUUGGGUUCACCUGAAGUCUGGCUGUGUGCACUGUGCAGUUAAAUAUCAGGGAAUAAAACCAGAGUUCAAAACAUGACACACACACUGUUAAUAUAUUGUUUUUUUUCCCUCAAGAUUUUCACUUGAACAUUAGAAGUUAUUCAAAUAUGAGUCAGAGCAAAACUUAAAAAGCUCAAUAAUGAAUUAAUAUUAAUAGAAAGAGAACAGAGGUUUCUGAGGGAACCGUUUGUGAGUUUGUGGAGACAGAAUAUCCUGAUGGAGGUGAAACACACCUCAAAAUACGCAGCUCUUAAAGCUUAGAUUUAUCCUUUGGUGCCCCGUGUGGUGGUAUCAAAAAGAUUUGGUGGCAGACAGCCGUGCCUCGCAUGAGCAGCUAAAGUCUCAGAUGUCAGAUUUUUCUCAGCACAUGAAUGUUAAGUCCCAGGUUGUUUUAUUCACUGAUGGUUGACACCUGUUUAAAACGCAUAAUGGCUGAAUUCUCUGUAUUCUGGCAGCUACAUGAACCCAGGUUGAUUUAACCCUGGAGACACUCACACUUCAUUCUGGUUGUGAAACUGUGGCGCUGAAACAACACUGUGAUGGGAUUAUGGGCUAUUAUAAACAUGCACAAUCACCGUUUGUACUGUGAGUAUAUUACAUACUGCACACUUCAUCUCUGUACACGGUCAGGAUGAAAAAUAAAAAUCUUUUUCCAGAUCA